UGCUGCGUGCCCGGCGCCAGCCUUGGCUUGGAACAGUCUACGAGCUUGGGGCCGAACCCGCCGAGGGAGGAGCGGAAAGUCCUGGAAGGGCGGGGCUGGCGGCCGCGAGGGCCCGGCCAGAGGCGCCUCGGGCUCCGUCCUUCACACGUCGGGGCGAGCGCAGGCGCCAUGGGCGGCCGGACUGAGCCCCGCUGAGCCCACCGGGCUGGCCAUGGGUGACCGUGAGCGCAACAAGAAGCGGCUGCUGUUGCUGCUGCAGGCGGCCGGCACCGGCAACGCGCGCUGCGCCGACUGCGGGGCGGCAGAUCCCGACUGGGCCUCUUACAAGCUGGGGAUCUUCAUCUGUCUCAACUGCUCCGGGGUCCACCGCAACUUCCCGGAAAUCAGCAAAGUUAAAUCUGUGAGACUUGACUUCUGGGACGAUACUAUUGUGGAGUUUAUGACCCAUAAUGGGAACCUCCGUGCAAAAGCCAAGUAUGAAGCCCGAGUCCCUGCUUUCUACUACGUCCCCCAGGCCAACGACUGCCUGGUCUUAAAGGAACAAUGGAUUCGAGCUAAGUACGAAAGACAAGAGUUUAUGGCUGAUGGGAAAACCGCCCCACCCCCAGGUAACCGGGAAGGGCUCCUGUGGAAGCGAGGAAGGGACAACGCGCAGUUCCUGAGAAGGAGGUUUGUCCUCCUAGCAGGAGAAGGCCUCCUGAAGUACUACACCAAGGAAGAGGGCAAAGCCCCCAAAGAUGUCAUCAACAUCAAGGACUUGAAUGCCACCUUCCAGACAGAGAAGAUCGGGAACCCCCACGGGCUGCAGAUCACCUACAGGAGAGACGGUCACACCAGGAACCUGUUUGUGUAUCAUGAAAGUGGGAAGGAGAUAGUGGACUGGUUCAAUGCCCUCCGCGCAGCCCGUUUGCAAUACCUAAAAAUGGCCUUUCCUGAGCUCCCAGAGUCUGAGCAAAGAGAACCUUUCAAGAAACGGUGGUUUGCCCUGGAUUCCCAGGAGCGGAGGCUGCUCUAUUACAAGAACCCACUGGACGCCUUUGAGCAGGGCCAGGUUGUUCUCGGGAGCCAAGAGCAGGGGUACGAGGUAAAUGAAGGCCUGCCCAAGGGCAUCCGAGGGAGUCGCUGGAAAGCCGGCCUCACCGUCAUCACCCCGGAGCGGAGAUUUGUCUUCACCUGCCCCAGUGAGAAGGAGCAGCAGGAAUGGCUGGAGAGUUUGCGGGAUGUCCUGUCCUGCCCCUUGACACCCUUCAACCUCCUCAGUAAGAUGCAGCCCCUAGGGUUGGUUGUUUUGGCCGAGGGCAGAUGGUUCAGUUUCGAUGCCACAAAAGAGCCUCCUGAGAUGGAGGCCAUGGCUCCUGACAGCACUCUUUCCAUUUUCUUCCUCUCUUCCUGCCAAGGAAAAGUACAGACCAUGCACGUUAUUACCAGAAAGCCCUCCCCUCUAUCUACCUGAAGUUCCUCUAACGGGAGCCCAUGGCCAUUGGCAUCUGGAGGAGAUUAUCCCCAGCAGACCCUUCGGUGCUGUCUGGAGCCCCUUCUCUACCCCAUGCAGUCUAGGCAUGGGCAGCCCCUCAAGUCCCUUUUCUUGUGAGAAAACCCUGGCCUGUUAUUAUUAGCUGAGGCCCACCCCACUGGGCAGCUCAGGGAGCUUGGAUUCCCACCCACUCAUGGAAGCAGAAAGCUAUUUUCAGUGCCUUUCUUUCCUCCAGGUCCUCCCUUCUAUCGGCCUCUCUCUUGUCCCUCCACUUUGCCCCUUAGAGUCUUCCCUAUCUGCCGGCAGCCCUGGAAAAAAAAGGGAGGCGUUCUGAGCUGGAGCAGGUUGUGUCUGACAGGGGCCUGACCUAGAGCCUGGCUUCUUGGGCACCAAGGAAAAGUUCUGUGUUUGGGAAAGUACAGACUGAGCACGUGGCUCUGCACAGCCCCCUGGGAAAACCGAGUGUCCUUUGAGUCUGGCCAGUAUAAAUGCAAACUAUCUUCACUUGGCAAAAUCCCAAAGCCAAAUAGCAUCACAAAGGGACUUGAAAAUUGUUAUUGAAGCCUAUCAGCUGGUGCUUUCUUUUCUCCGUGGGCUUCUGUGUUUAGGAGUCUCUUUAGGUUUCUCUGUCUCUGCAUCUCUGACUCUGCUUUUCUCUCCUCCUCUGGCAUGUGUUGUCCCUUUUGUCUCUUGCUCUUUCAGUCUGUUUUUGAUUCUGGCUCCCCUCGCUGUCCCUUCCCCUCAGUAGGACUGCUCUGGCGCGGUCUGCUCCUCCAACCCCUUCUUGUUCCCUUGCAUCUGCAUCAACAGAGAGUGGCUGCAGCAGCAGGGGACCCAUGGGCUGAGGAGCUGGCUGGCUGUCGGCCCCCUCAGGGCUCCUGGUGGGAAGGACACAUUCUCAGUUCAGCCCUGCUUGUCCAGCAGGAGGGACCCACAGUCAGCGCCUGGCAGUAAACUGUCAAGACUGAAGCUGUGGCCUUUGCCAGCUCUCCAGACCAUGCCCCACGACCCAGCCCAGAGGUGCCUGUGGAUGUGCUACAUGGAUGAACACAUGUGCCCUCCCUCCACCCCACCCCAUCCAGGCUGAAAAUGUGCUCCAGGCUUCAGCUCAGGACUUUUUCACACCUGAAUUGGAGACAUUGCAAACAAAGGCUCCCAUGGCAUCACCCAAGUGACACUUCUGCCCAAAGAAUGUUUCAUCUGAAUCUAAUCUUAGCAGAUGAUUAAACAAAUCCAUACCGAAGGACAUUCUGCACAACUUCAAAAAUGUCAAUAUUGUGAAAGAUAAGGUUGUCUGGGAACUGUUCUAGAAUGAAGAAGACUAAGAUAUGGAGCUAUGGCAACUAAAUGCAAUUCAUGGUUCUCAACUGAAUCCUGAAUGGAAAAAAGAGAAGAGAAGAGAAGGGACGGGGAGGGGAGGGGAGGAGGGGAGGGAAGAAAACAGCAAUAAGGGACAUAAUUAGGGAAAUUUAAACAUGAAGGUAUAUAGCUAAUAGCAUUGUAAGACUGUGAAAAUUAUGCUGUAUUUCUGUAGGAGAAUGCUCUUGUUCUUAGGAGAUACUGAUGUAUUUAGGGGUAAAAUGCAGUAAUGUAGUGAUGUCUACAACUGACUCUGAAAUGGCUCAGAAAGAAAAGCAUAUGUGUAUAUGUAUUGACUAUAUAUGUAUAUAUAGACGGGCAGGGUAGAAAGAAAGAGACAAUCAUGGUGCAAAAUGUUAGCAAUUGUUGAAUUUACAAGAGAUAUAGUUGGCUGUUUAUUGUCCUAGUCAGGCAACUUUUCUAUAGAUUUGAAAGCUUCCAAAAUAAAAAGUUGGAGAAAAAUUAAAAAGCAGUACAGAGUUUCUGCUUGAGGUGAUGGAAAAAAAUUGGUGAUCGAUGGUGGCAAUGGUAGCACAACACUGUGAAUAUAAUUAACACCACUUCACUGAACACUUGAUCGUGGUUAAAAUGGAACACGUUAUGUUAUAUUUUUGUUAUCACAAUAAAAAAAUUUUUUAAAAACA